UGAGAAGAAGAAGAGGGCAAGAAUAUAAACACGAGAAGUGAAACAACCGUUCAUUAUUCUUUAAAUUAGCUGUAUUUAUCAAACUCUGAAGAAAAAGCAAACAGGAGGAAUUACAGCAGGAGAAACCACUGAGAUACUAUAGUAAAGAUGGAGAUUGAUGAAGAGCCCUGCAGAAUAAAAGAGGAAGAGACAGAGGAGCAAAUAGAUCAGACGGAAACGAAUGAAGACAAACUGCAUUUAUCUAAAUGUCCUCAAAGCGAAAUAUCGACACCAAAACAAGACCAUGAAAAUAGUGGAAGCAGCGUAUCGUUCAUCUGCUCCGAGUGUGGACGGAGUUACAAGCGUAAAUCAACACUUAAUGACCACAUGAAGAUGCACACCCAAGAAAAACAGUUCACCUGCUCCGAGUGUGGAAAGAGUUACAAAUAUAAAAACAGUCUCGCCAGACAUGUGAAGUUUCACACCGGAGAGAAACCAUUCGCGUGCACCGAAUGUGGAAAGAGCUUCGCGGACAAACACCGGCUAGACUCCCACAUGAUGAUUCACCCUGGAGAAAAGCCAUUCAAUUGUGCUCAAUGCGGAAAGGGUUUUAAAAGUAAAGAAAAUUUGGAUGUUCACACAAUGGUUCACACUGGAGAAAAACCCUUCAGCUGCUCUGAGUGUGGAAAGAGUUUCAGGAUCAGGAAAAACCUCAAGGAUCAUCAGCGUUUUCACACUGGAGUAAACCUGUUUAGCUGUGAUCACUGCGAUAAAACGUUUGUCUUUAAAUCUCAGUUAAAGCAACACCUGAAAGUGCACACCGGAGCCAAGCCUCAUGUUUGCUCCUUUUGCGGAAAGGGGUUUUCCCGACUGGAAAACCUAAGGAUUCACAACAGCGUUCACACUGGAAUGAGACCUCAUGUGUGUUUCGACUGCGGGAAGAGCUUUAGUACGUCGAGCCACUUAAAAACACACCAGAUGAUUCACACCGGAGAGAAACCGUUUGCGUGCACCCAGUGUGGAAAGAGUUUCAUAUAUAACAGCGUCCUCAAAGAUCAUCUGGCAACUCACACCGGAGUGAAGUCGUUCAGCUGUGAUCAAUGCGACAAAACAUUCGUCUGUGCAUCAUAUUUGAGAGCGCACCGCAAAGUUCACAUCCCCGUGAAGCCUCACGUCUGCUCUUUUUGCGGAAAGAGGUUUUUACGGCUGGACACUUUGGAGAUUCACAUGAGCGUUCACACUGGAGUGAGACCUCAUGUGUGUUCGGACUGCGGGAAGAGCUUCAGUACGUCAUAUAACCUGAAAACACACCAGAGGACUCACACCGGGGAGAAACCGUACAACUGUUCGCACUGUGGGAGGAGUUUCGCUUUUUUAGGAGACCUGAAAUCGCAUAAGAAGUCUCAUAGUCAGUGCUCUUCAAAUUAAAGGAUCGUGGGCUAUAUUUUCUGAGACUUGUGAGUGUUAAAUGUUUAUUUAAGACAACGUUAACACCUGUUACAGGGUUUUUCCUGCUUGGAGAAUUACAAGGUGGACACAACCAUCACAUUUAGUAAAAAGACAACAUUUAUUCAGGCAAAACCGACAAGUAAUGCUCAAGCACUGUAUUUAAUUACAUUUAGGGCUCUGUUUUAACAAUCGAGGCGCAAGAUCUAAAGCUCAAGGCGCAUGGUCUAACACGGUUGUGCUAAUUCUCUUAAUGAGUUCUGGGUGUGUUUUGAGCAUAAAGGCUCGUACACACCGGGACGCUUUCCGUUUGCGUUUAUCGUCAGCGUUUUCCAGAUUCAAACCUAAGCGAUUUUUCACUGAUGUAGAGCAGAAGAGUAUGCAAAAUCACUCCUUGACGUUAGAUGGCGCUACACAACUUUAAGCACCCGCUUGUAACACAGAAUAAGAAGACAGAAAGUUGGCACGCUUGUUGCUAAAGUUCCAUUCGAACAAGCAUGAAUGGUUCAAGUAGCAGCUCCAGCUCUAGCGAUGAAGAAAUGAUUAUUGUUCUCCAGCGCCUCCAAGUGCUGUUUACUGUAACUUCAGCAGCUCCGUGCACGUGAACAAAAGUGUCAAUCUGAUCGGUGGAGAAGCGCUUCUUUAAAAAUAACAGGUUUAGCCCGGCGUAUUGAACGUUGGUGUGCAAAAUCACAUUGGCGUCCUUUAUUUAGUCACGAGGCGUUAAACUUCGACGGAAAACGCGAGCAAAUAGCGUCCCCGUGGGCACGGGCCUUAGCAUUCAUUAAACCAGUCAGAGUCUCAUCACUCAUUCCCUUUAAGAGUCAGUUGCGUCACAUCAGGGUGCAUUUGCUAUUUGCAUGGCGAACUUUGUAAGUGUAAAAACUGAACGCUUCACUAGCGAGAAAACAAUUAAACAGAGCAUGUGCAGCACGAGGAUAAAGAACGAGCCUCCUCCAUUCAGCCUCUUUACUUUUACUCUUUACUUUACUCCUUUACUUUACUCCUUUACUUUGGUGGAGUGAGGAAACGGUGGAAACUCACUCCACUGAACACAUCCAUUAGCCCACAUAUUUAAUUUCCUUUGUUAAGCACAAAGAUUUGUGUCAAAACUAUUUCUAAAUUCAGUUCUAAUCUCCAGCAAAGGAAUAAAUGAACAAUAAUAAUGAAGUGUGGUCAAAACACUGAGUUAUAUCCAAACACACGUCCUGUUCUGAUGCCCCAUAUGGUGAUGCAGACGUCUCCAAAACCCCACAGAUGGACAAAUCUACACUUGUGUUUAUUAAAACUAAUAUAAAUCUGCAGAUAAUAAAUAAUACUGCCAAUAAUAAUAACAUUAUACUAAUGCAGAUUAUCAUGAAUAAACUGGAAAAGCCCCCCGAAGGUGAAGAAGGCAUGGAUGCAGUGGUGUUUAUAUUGAUGGAGAAAAUAAUCAUUUCUGUAUCAUUAUAAUCCUUUAAUUGUUUGCAUCUGUAAAGAUAUUUGGGUAUUGCUGUACAUCUUGUGUGUAUUAAUCAAUGUGUAUGCGUUUGGACCUGCAUAGGCGCAUAACUAAUAGUUGGCUUUUAGUUGGUCAAUGGCGCUGUCCAUUUCAGUUCCUCAAAAUAGCAACGCUCCAACAAUGCACCUUAACACACCUCCUUUAUAGACCAGCACACACAUGAGUCCACAGAGUGGCACAAAUGGAUUUGCCAUUUAAACAACAUGACGCAAAACGUGAAAAUUCAAGUUGCACUGGUCUGAAAAUAGCAACAAAUCAAGCCAUACACAUCUUGCACCUUAUUACACUGGGUGUAUGAUAGAGCCCUUAAUGUUAGCCUUUUAAAUAAGAUAAUGUUUAUCUUGAUGUUAUUACAAGUAGGCCUGUCACAAUACUCAAUAUAUGGACUUCUGGCGUAACACAUGGACAUGACCUCAAUCAUUUUGGUGAUGCAAUAUAUAUCGCCCAUACAUAAACAAUUCUAGCAACAAUUUAGCUGAUUGUGCAACAGCUCUAUGUCUAUUGGAGGAGUCAAUGUCAGUAUGGGUAUAGUAUUUAAAUUACUAUAGUGUAUAGCCAUCAUGUGGCUGUCUGACGACUGAAAAUAGAUCUGGUUGCAGAUAUCGCAGCCUCUGUUACUUUUGCACUUAUGUUAACAUUUGUUAUUAUUUAUUUAGUAUAUGCGUUUUCACAUUCUGACCCCAAUGCCUCAAUAUUAAACUGUUUAAAUGACUAUAAUUAAAUGAAGUAUACUUAAGAAUAAAAUAUGAUGUGUUCUUUGGAAGAGUGUACCUGUAUUGUGAUGAUAUUAUAUCGUCUAUUUCUGGCAUUACAUAAUGAGUGGCCUUAUAUGGUCUUAAAAUGACAAUAAUAUCAUAUAUCGCAAUAUAUUUUAUGGCAAUAUAUAUCGAACAACAUAAAAAUAGAUAUAAUGACAGGCCUAAAUUACAAGACUAACGCAAGAUGUGUUUGUUUCAAGUAGCAAAAAUUUCAUGAUCAGAAUACCACCUCACAUUGAGCCAGGAAAAACCCUGUGUUAGCUUUAAUUGUUGGGAAUAAUUGCCUGUUUUUGAGCUUCUAUCCACUAUUUUAAUCUUCUGGGUUAUGAUCUGCAUGGUGGCGGCAUCACUGUGCCAGUCAUGUGACCUGUGUGGAGGCUGGCGUGCACAAAAACAAUGAGUCAAAAUGGCGGAUACACUUGGACUUCCAUAUAUAAGCAGCACAAUCUGCUCACAUUUCCAUCUGUUUUAAGCUACAUAUAUUUGGAUCACACAUCAACACAACAGAGAUACGAUCACAAACUAAAUUGUGGCCACUUGUGAUCCAUACUGCAGUUUUUUUAAAGUC